AAAAAAAAAAGAGAAAGUGUUUUUGACUCUAAAAUAGUUUUUUUCUCAUUGUGAGUUUUUUCCAGCAGAUUAUCUUCAGAAAAAAAGUCCUUUUUUUCUAAGCUUAAUAAAGGAUACUCACACUAGAUUAAAAAAAAAAAGUGUUUCAAAAGUCCACUGAGCCUGUAGUAAGUGGGGAAAGCGGUUGUGUGAUUAGGUAAGAGAUAUUAAAAUAUUUCAGUUGGAACGUGGAAUAUAUACAGGUUAGAUUAAGAAUUAUAUUUAGGACUUCCCUGGUGGCACAGUGGUUAAGAAUCCGCCUGCCAAUGGAGGGGACACGGGUUCGAGCCCUGCUCCAGGAAGAUCCCACGUGCCGUGGAGCAACUAAGCCUGUGCGCCACAACUACUGAGCCUGCGCUCUAGAGCCCGCAAGCCACAACUACUGAGCCCGCGCGCCUAGAGCCGGUGCUCCACAAGAGAAGCCACCUCAGUGAGAAGCCCGCGCAGCGCAACGAAGAGUAGCCCCCGCUCGCCGCAACUAGAGAAAGCCCGUGUGCAGCAACGAAGACCCAACACAGCCAUAAAUAAAUUUAUAAGAAUUUUAUUUAAUUCAACUUUCAAGCAUUUGAGUUACUCCAGAGGAUCCACAGAACAUAGGAUGUUGCCACAAAAUCUACCUCGUGUGUUAUUCUCUUUCACUCAUGAGUUGAACAACAGUUACAAAUUUGAGCAAGGUAUCUGCAGACUGUGUUGAAAAACUCUGAAGAACGUAAUUAACACAGGAUGACCUGCUAGUGAUUCUAAGCCUAAAAAGAUACUGCUCGUUAGUGAAUGUGUCAAUCUUGGUUCUGAAUGCUGCAGAUAACAGCAAGCAGAGUUUCUCCUUUCUUUAUUUCUGAAGCAUUCACUUGACCUUCCAUCAGUAAGACUGACUUUUCUAAUCUGUUCCUGGAUAUAUUAAUGGAAUACAGUCAUGUCUACUCAAGACGAGAAGCAGAUCAAUACUGAAUAUGCUGUGUCCUUGCUGGAACAGUUAAAACUGUUUUAUGAACAGCAGUUGUUUACGGACAUAGUGUUAAUUGUCGAGGGCACUGAAUUCCCUUGUCAUAAGAUGGUUCUUGCAACAUGUAGUUCUUAUUUUAGGGCCAUGUUCAUGAGUGGACUAAGUGAAAGCAAACAGACACACAUACACCUGAGGAAUGUGGAUUCAGCCACCUUACAGAUAAUAAUAACGUACGCAUACACGGGUAACCUGGCAAUAAAUGACAGCACUGUAGAACAACUUUAUGAAACAGCUUGCUUCCUGCAGGUAGAAGAUGUGUUACAACGUUGUCGAGAAUAUUUAAUUAAAAAGAUAAACGCAGAGAACUGUGUGCGAUUGUUGAGUUUUGCUGAUCUGUUCAGUUGUGAGGAAUUAAAACAAAGUGCUAAAAGGAUGGUGGAGCACAAGUUCACUGCUGUGUAUCACCAGGAAGCUUUCAUGCAGCUGUCACAUGACUUACUGAUAGACAUUCUCAGUAGUGACAAUUUGAACGUAGAAAAGGAAGAGACAGUUCGUGAAGCUGCUAUGCUGUGGCUAGAGUACAACACAGAAUCACGAUCCCAGUAUUUGUCUUCAGUUCUUAGCCAAAUCAGAAUUGAUGCACUUUCAGAAGUAACACAGAGAGCUUGGUUUCAAGGUCUGCCACCCAAUGAUAAGUCUGUAGUUGUUCAAGGUCUGUAUAAGUCCAUGCCCAAGUUUUUCAAACCAAGACUUGGAAUGACUAAAGAAGAGAUGAUGAUUUUCAUUGAAGCAUCUUCAGAAAAUCCUUGUAGUCUUUACUCUUCUGUCUGUUACAGCCCCCAAGCAGAAAAAGUUUACAAGCUAUGCAGCCCACCAGCUGAUUUACAUAAGGUUGGGACCGUUGUAACUCCCGAUAAUGACAUCUAUAUAGCAGGUGGUCAAGUUCCUCUGAAAAACACAAAAACAAAUCACAGUAAAACAAGCAAACUUCAGACUGCCUUUAGAACUGUAAAUUGCUUUUACUGGUUUGAUGCACAGCAAAAUACCUGGUUUCCAAAGACCCCGAUGCUUUUUGUCCGCGUAAAGCCAUCUUUGGUUUGCUGUGAAGGCUAUAUCUAUGCAAUUGGAGGAGACAGUGUAGGUGGAGAACUUAACCGGAGGACUGUAGAAAGAUAUGACACUGAGAAAGAUGAAUGGACAAUGGUAAGCCCUUUGCCUUGUGCUUGGCAGUGGAGUGCAGCAGUUGUGGUUCAUGACUGCAUUUAUGUGAUGACACUGAACCUCAUGUAUUGUUAUUUUCCAAGGUCUGAUUCAUGGGUAGAAAUGGCCAUGAGACAGACUAGCAGGUCUUUUGCUUCAGCUGCAGCUUUCGGUGAUAAAAUUUUCUAUAUUGGAGGGUUGCACAUUGCUACCAAUUCUGGCAUAAGACUCCCCUCUGGCACUGUAGAUGGGUCUUCAGUAACUGUGGAAAUCUAUGAUGUGAAUAAAAAUGAGUGGAAAAUGGCAGCCAACAUCCCUGCUAAGAGGUACUCAGAUCCCUGUGUUAGAGCUGUUGUGAUCUCAAAUUCUCUGUGUGUGUUUAUGCGAGAAACCCACUUAAAUGAAAGAGCUAAAUAUGUCACUUACCAGUAUGAUCUGGAACUUGACCGGUGGUCUCUGCGGCAGCAUAUAUCUGAACGUGUACUGUGGGACUUAGGGAGAGAUUUUCGAUGCACUGUGGGGAAACUUUAUCCAUCCUGCCUUGAAGAAUCUCCAUGGAAGCCACCAACUUAUCUUUUUUCACCGGAUGGAACAGAGGAGUUUGAACUGGAUGGAGAAAUGGUUGCACUACCAUCUGUAUAGUCAGGAGUUCAGGGAGUGCACGCCUGAUCUAUUUGCUUUGUCAUUUUCUUUGCUAAAUGAGAGAGGCUAUGAAAGGACUGAAUAUGAGUACAUAAAAAUCUAUCUUUGAUAAAUUUUAUUUUUAUGCCCUACUUAAUAUUUGCAUCAGUAUAAUAUAUAUCGGUGAGUCUUAAGAAAGAUAUGCUUCCAUAAUACGAAAUAGAUUAUCCAAUAAUUGAGAAACUUUUAUGUGUAUCAUGAGAGCAUAAAAAUCUGGAUUAUCUAACAUUGUUAGCCCUGUGUAUGUACAGUUCCAAAAGUUCUCUUAUUAAAGUAGUUUUCCUGUUCCUAGUGUGGUAUAUCGCAAAUUAUGCUGAGGUUAUUUUAUUAUAUGUAUUUCAUUCCUGUGCUUCUGUUCUGAAGUCCUGGAAUAGUUUUUUCGGUGUAGUUAAUUGAGCUGCACUUAACACUAAUGUCCAUGUUGGUAUAGAAAUGUUGUCUAAAUCCUAUAGUUGAGGAAGAUCUUCCAUUUCAUGGUAUUGCACAGGGAAAGUAUGACUGCAGGAUCAGUCUAACUAUUAGGUGCAUGUAUUCUCUCACUAACUUAUACUUGUCUAUCUAGAAUACAGGUCUUCCAAUCAGCUGGUCAUUUACCAGGUGUGGACUUAAGUUGCUGGGCUUGCAAUAUGAAUUGCUAGUCCCUCAUUGUGCGGGUCUGUGUGGAGCUUUAAUCAGUAAAUGCCUCCACUUUCUGUAUUACAUUAACAUUGGCUCAUGCAUAUAACUACCUGCUGCUGUUGUAUUUCUCCAUCUUAAGAUUUAGAGUGGGUUAACCAGGUCAUUACAUCUUAAUUUAAUAACAAACAUUACUGUAGAGUGAUUGUGUAUAGAUAUUCGUUAGCUGUCAGGGUGUGUUUUUUUUUAACCUGUUGUGUGUGGGGGGUAGGAUUAGAAAGGUGAACUGUUCAGGAAUUCUCUGCACUAGUGGUGCAGAAGAGCAGAUAACUAGUGCUGCUCUGGCAUUAAUCCCAGGAACCACUAGCAGUAGCGGGGUGCCGCCAAUCUAACAUGAGCACAGGUGCUUCAUGACAAACAUUACUAGCAUGUUCAACUGCAUAAUGUUCUGGCACUGUAUUUUGAAUGACAUUAAUUUAUUAAAUAAAUUGUAUAUAUUCAA